GCUAAAAGGGAAAGCUCCGGCAAACAACAGCCCACGGCGGAACCGACGGAACCGACAGACUCUCACGAAGCUCGUCAGUGGAAAUCAUGAAACAAAUCAGACAGCCAGAAGCCAAGGAAGCAGCGACAGGCGGCAAAACAAAUUUAGUGUAACAAUAGCAACUGCCGACGACGGAACACGGAGUCCGGAAAAGUGAGAGCCACCGAAAAAUACGUCCGUAUAUAUAAUAUAUAUAUAUAUAUGCUACGAAUUUACGCAUCCGGGGUAGCUGUGUGUGUAAACGUAUGCCUCCUUAAAUUAUAAAUAAGCGAAGAGCAAAUGCCGCGCGGAUAAAUUUAAAACUCUUUAAGAGGUGCAGACAACGCGAUUCGAUGCUGGAGAACUCGACGCGGUUCGGUUAGUGGAUUGGUGCGAGGCGAAAAGGAAUAUAAAGAAAAACUUUUGCGAAAGCAAUUUGGACGAUAGACAGGACGAAGCAUCCCCAACCACCGCCGCCAUGUAUGGAAUGCUGUACGAGAGUGUGCAGCACUACAUCCAGCAGGAGUACGGGAUGGAGACCUGGAGGGAGGUCUGCCAGAUAGUCGACUGCAAGCACCAGAGCUUCAAAACCCACCAGAUCUACCCGGAUAAGCUGAUGCCAGACUUUGCAGCUGCCCUUUCUGCCAGCACGGGCGAGUCCUUCGACUUCUGCAUGAACUUCUUUGGGAAAUGUUUCGUGCGGUUCUUCAGUAACUUUGGCUACGACAAGAUGAUCCGCUCCACGGGCAGGUACUUCUGCGACUUCCUGCAGUCCAUCGACAACAUCCACGUUCAGAUGAGGUUCACAUAUCCCAAAAUGAAGUCGCCCAGCAUGCAGUUGACUAGCAUGGACGACAAUGGCGCAGUGAUCCUGUAUCGAAGCGGAAGGACUGGAAUGUCCAAGUACCUGAUUGGCCAGAUGACAGAGGUGGCCAAGGAGUUUUACGGCCUGGACAUGACCGCCUAUGUCCUAGAGAGCCAGAACGAUAUCUGCGGGGGAACAGCGGGUCCCAUUAAGCUUACCGAAGGGCCUUUAACUGUGAUUGUAAGGUACCGACUGGACUUCGAUAACCGCGACUACAUGGCCAAGCGGGUGAAUGUCAUCGCCCAUCCUUCCCAGCUCAAGAUGCCCUCGGUGGACCUGAACGUGUUCCUGGAGCUCUUUCCCUUCACCAUUGUGCUGGAUCACGAUAUGAAAAUCACACUCGCUGGCGAGAAAAUCGUUGAGACAUGGAUCCUUCAUAAUCCAGGUGUAAAUCCAAAAACUUUCAUUGGCAGCCACAUCUUGGAACGCUUCAAGUGUCGGCGGCCCAAAGACACUCAGAUCGAAUGGGAGACGAUUCUGCAGAUGAGAACGGUUCUCUUUGAGUUUGAGUUAAUCCGAACAGGACACAACCGCGCUGCCUACGAUGCGGCCUUGAACUUUGACUUUGAAAACUUCGAUGAAGCCAGCAGUCUUAACGAGGCCCAGGCAAUGGCUUUGGCUAGUGCAAAGGAGUUUAGUGCGGAGCACGACAAGGAUGAGCCGACCACCUCCACCUCCAAGGACGAAAUUGAUCCUGCCACGGGACAGAGACGACACUCGGUGGGUCUUCGAUCUAUCCUACUCAAGGGUCAGAUGUUCUACAUCAAGGACGUGGACUCGCUGAUCUUCCUCUGCAGCCCUUUAAUCGAGAAUCUGGAUGAGCUGCAUGGCAUUGGUUUGUACCUCAACGAUCUCAAUCCUCAUGGAUUGAGUCGGGAGUUGGUGAUGGCUGGCUGGCAGCAUUGCUCCAAGUUGGAGAUCAUGUUUGAAAAGGAGGAACAGCGGUCGGAUGAGUUGGAAAAGUCCCUGGAACUGGCUGAUUCCUGGAAACGGCAGGGUGAUGAGCUGUUGUACUCCAUGAUACCACGUCCCAUUGCCGAGAGAAUGCGAAAGAGCGAGGAGCACGUCUGUCAGACUUUUGAGGAAGUUUCUGUCAUCUUCAUUGAGGUGCUAAACGUCUACGACAGUGGAUCCAAUAACAUUCAGGAUGCAAUGCAGGCAGUGACCACUUUGAACAAGGUUUUUUCGGCCCUUGAUGAGGAGAUCAUUUCCCCAUUCGUAUACAAAGUGGAGACUGUAGGCAUGGUUUACAUGGCUGUUUCGGGAGCACCCGAUGUGAAUCCCCUCCACGCGGAACACGCCUGUGACUUGGCCUUAAGGGUUAUGAAAAAGGUGAAGGCUCAUGCUCUGCCCGGCGUGGCUAUUCGAGUGGGUAUCAAUUCAGGACCCGUGGUAGCCGGAGUGGUUGGCAUGAAGGUACCUCGGUACUGCCUCUUUGGAGAUACUGUUAACACAGCCUCACGAAUGGAGAGCAGCAGUGAUCCCUGGAUGAUCCAGCUGUCCAACUAUACUGCGCUUAAGGUGAAGAAGGUCGGCUACAAGGUCGAAGCGAGGGGAUUUGUCAAGGUCAAGGGCAAAGGGGAGAUGGAAACCUACUGGCUUCUAGAGGGACCGGAGUAAUUUUGUAGAAUUUAAGAAAUUUGUAAUAAAUUGUUAAUGCCAGGAUGCAUACUACAUAAAGUGUGGGAACACUAUACAAAUAUUUUUUAAAGCUGGAGGUACUAACCUGUAUCAGCAGCUUUCAUUUGAAAAAGUUUGAUCAAUUCACUGCGUUGAUCGAAUAAAUUUGUAUUAUAGGGUCAAGACGAAAGAACGUAUUCAAAAACUAAUCCUCAUUUGUAUUUAAUAACAAUAUAAGCCGGGCCUUGUUCUCGCUUUAAAAUACAAUCUUUCCUAAGUAUUUGUAAAAGGAAUAUGGAAUAUUUAGCAAUAAAUACUAUGCGU